UGAAUUCAUGUUCUCAGCUUUCAGUUUCAGUUAAGUGUUGUGUGCUGAACAGUACUGUUAUAACUCAAAGAAAUUUAACUGUUUCAUAGAAAAAUACAUAAUGGUGCUAAAGUUUUCCUUGAACAUGUACUUGGCAUUAUUUCUUCUUCUCCUGAUGUAUACUAGAGCUGCCAACUCAGGAUCUAACAUACUGAAGUUUAUGAUUCUAAUAAGAAAUGAUGCUACAUAUCUUCCCAGCUACAUGUAUUACUGGUCAUUGGAUGAAACUCUGUUACUGAAGUAUGACAGCAGAGAGAAGGAGCUGAUAUUCUUAAAACAACAUCUGAAUGAACAUAUACAGCCUGAGCACAACCAGCUAAUAUAUAGACAAGCAGCCUACUCAUAUGACUUUUACAAUGUUGUGUUCGGAAAGAUGCUGGUGCAUACAAACCAAACAGAAGGAAGUCACAUUUUCCAGGAAGUUGAUGGCUGUGAAUUGAAAGAUGAUGGAACACACCAUGGGUUUUCAUUUAAUGCCCUUGAUGGAGAAAGUUUUGUAAGAUAUAACAGACAGGAACAGCAGUGGCACUCCACUUUGAAAAUAGCUGAUAGAACAGCACACUGGUGGAAUCUAGUGGAUGGUGCAGCACAACAGUGUACUUUGUAUUUGGAUGACAUAUGUCAGAAUUUUCUGACAAUGAUCCUCUCUUAUGAAAAGCUGAAUCCAGAAAAAGAAUUCAUACCAAAUGUGAAGGUUUAUGGAAGAAAAUCACAUAACCAUACAUUGAUAUCUGUUUCAUGUCAUGCAAAUGGAUUUUAUCCUUACAAAAUCACUUUGGAUUGGUUCAAAAAUGGAAAUUUAAGAGUAAAUGCCUUUCAGUCCAGUGGCAUUUUACCAAAUGGAGAUGGAACCUACCAAAUAACUAAGACAAUAAAGGUUACUGUGGAUGAUGAAAACAGAUAUGCCUGUCAGAUCGAUCAUGAAAGCCUUGAAGAUGGUAUAACAGUAAACUGGGAUGGAAAAAUUGAUGAUGGUGAUGGAGGAGCUCGAGGAAAAUACAUCAUGUAUAUAGCCAUUGCUAUAAUUGUGGUCGUCAUCCUUAUUCUAUCUGCAUUCUUGUUCAGGAAAAAGAAAGCAGAUGAUGCAUUGAAUGGAUAUUGCACUACAUAACAACAUUCUCAGAAGAAUACUCUGUGCCAAACCAUUCAUCAGGAUAUGUCUAAAAGUACACUUAGGAGAAAAAAGAAAUCUUUUCAAUCAAAGGGAUAGAAAUAUUUUAUUUAUUUUUCUUUAUUUAUAUACAUGUAUUCUUUGUUGACCUGGUUAAUCCCAUUAGGCUAGUAGCCUUUUUUCAGGGAAGAUCUAUCCUAAUACCAUUCUAUUACUUAAGCAGUAAUACCCAGCAAGUUAUUCACUGUAAUGAAAUGAUGUCAGACAUGGUGGAGUGAGUCAUAGUGCAGCUGACAAAAUGUAACCAUUCACCCAGCAUACUAAUAGCCCCACAAAAUCAGCAUUCUUAAUGCUUUAUUGCUGUUAUGAAAUUUCUUCCUUUACUUAACUGCAUUCUGAAACUGUUCAUUAUUGUGUCAUGGCAGGUAACCAACAGUAAAAGAAGACUACCUAAUGAAGAAGUAUAUUAUAGGGUGAACUAAACUUUUUAUUAUUUUUUUUAUUAUACACUUUUCUUAAUUAUUUGUAAUUAACCAGAUGAUUCUUACUAGGAUGACUUUGUGUCUGACAUGCAGUUUUUUAAGUCAAGAAAAUGUUGACAAAGUCACAAAUGAAAUGUAUGUGAACUUAUUCAACUGUCAUGUUAGUAAUUAAAGUAUUUUUUGCAUGUGGCUUAUUUGUUUGUUACAAAAUCGCUGAAUAAAUAAGAUAUGCUUAACAGUC